UGUCAGCCGCACUCCUAGGGGCCCAAGAGAGUGGCCUUACGACCUGGUCCACAGCCUCCCUCCCCAGGCUCCCAAAGGCCAGAGGCGAAUCUGCUAUUAGGGUGGGUGUGGUGUUUGGUUUGCACUCAGCCCUUCUCUUGGGGCUCCUCUGAGCUCCAUUCACACCAGAAAGGGAGCAGGAGAGAGGACAAGUGGAUCCAGCAGCCUCGACUCCAGGGGGAUAAGGGGAUUGCUUCCUUUUCCUGAAGGACAUUCCCUUCUGAUGGUGAAUGGGAACUCCCUUCUGCCGGCAGCAGCCUGCCUGCGGUGCUCCUGGCGGGGCAGUGUGGACACUGCCCCAGAAAAAAAGCUCCUCAGAGCCAAGGCAAAGAGUUCUAAAAGCGCCACAACUAGCAGCUGAGCCAUGGCUGAAGGGGAAAUCACAACCUUCACAGCCCUGACCGAGAAGUUUAAUCUGCCUCCGGGAAAUUACAAGAAGCCCAAACUCCUCUACUGCAGCAACGGGGGCCACUUCUUGAGGAUCCUUCCGGAUGGCACGGUGGAUGGGACAAGGGACAGGAGCGACCAGCACAUUCAGCUGCAGCUCAGUGCGGAAAGCGUGGGUGAGGUGUAUAUAAAGAGCACCGAGACCGGCCAGUACUUGGCCAUGGACACCGACGGGCUUUUAUACGGCUCAACACCAAAUGAGGAAUGUUUGUUCCUGGAAAGGCUGGAGGAAAACCAUUACAACACCUACAUAUCCAAGAAGCAUGCAGAGAAAAAUUGGUUUGUUGGCCUCAAGAAGAAUGGAAGCUGCAAACGCGGUCCUCGGACUCACUAUGGCCAGAAAGCAAUCUUGUUUCUCCCCCUGCCAGUCUCCUCUGAUUAAAGAAAUCUGUUCUGGGUGCCGACCACUCCAGAGGAGCCUUGAGGAGUCCUUACCUGGUUGACCCCCAAAAGUUCCUUUGACUAUUGGCUGCACUAACCCCCAGCCCACAGAGCCUGAAUUUGUAAGCAAUGUGCUUCUAAAUGUCCAGUUCACUUUUUUGUAGUGCCCUUUACCCCAGCACGGUUUGGGACAGAGGGACCAAAUU